AUGCCAUUGCUACCGCCUCCGCCGCCGCCGACGGCGGCUCCCGGGUGCGGGAGCCGGAGGCUGAGCGGCCGACGAAGGCGACGAUCCAAGAGGAGGAACUGGGCAGCGCUGCCCCUGGACGUGAUGCUCUACGUCCUCCACAAGCUGGACGACGUCGAGCUCAUGUUCGGCGGCCCGGCCAGGGUGUGCCGCUCCUGGCACGACGCCGUGUGCGAGCCCGAGCUGUGGCGCCGGAUCGACAUGCGCGGCCGCUCCCUGUGCUUCCGGGAGACGGUCAGCCUCAAAAAUAUGGCGCAGCUCUCCAUUUGGUUCAGCGCCGGGCAGUGCCGAGAGUUCUUCGGCCAGCACGACGUCGACAACGAACUCCUCCUCUUCCUGGCUGACCGGCACAACUAG